AGAUGGGUUGGCUGAGGAAUAAGAAGAAGAAGAAGCGGAAGCCAACAAAACCCGUGAUAUUAGCGAACGAGAGAGGGGCGAAGUUGUUAGAAGAGCUCAUAGAAUGUUGCGAUGGCAAAUCCAAUCCCAUCAACUUCUUCUCUGCUGAUCAGAUCCUCAAAGUAACCAACAGUUUCAGCGAGUCUAAUUAUAUUUCCAGAUUAGCUGGUUAUGGAUGCUACCACUGGACCGAAUGGUAUUCAGGAGAAACAUUUGUCAAGGUUGACAAUUUGGCGGGAGCAACUGGUUACAUUGACGAAAAUUAUUUGAGAAAUGGUGUUGUCUCGGAGGAAACAGAUGUGUUUGCCAUUGGAAUGUUAAUGCUAAAGUUUCUAAUGGGAGAAAAAGGAGGAGAAGAUGAUGAUGAUAAUAACUCUUAUCGCUCUGCAGCCAUGUCCGAGAUCAAUGAUCAGAGAAGACAAUUUUCAGAAGAAACUGAAAGUGAAGAAGAAGGAGAAUUUUAUGGUGAAGGGGAUGAUGAUGAUGACUCUGCAACCAUGUUGAGGCCGGCUAAUCUGUCUUAUUUUAGACGGUUCAAAUCCAUGGCAGAGCGAAGAAUGGAUGAGUUCGCAGAUCUAGAAAUGCUUGAAAAGAUGGGCGAAAUUUCAAAAAAUGAGCUUUCUCAAAUGAAAGCUUUCAAAAUGCUCUCACUGAGAUGCAUUGGUUGUAAAAGAGGAAUUAUUCCAACGAUGGUGGAAGUAGCCAAAGAACUAAAGAAGAUACAAAAAUUCUCUUCAUAACUAAUGACUCUUCUUCUCCUCCUAUUCCUUGAGUCAUGUACUAUGAAUACCAAGCUUGGUGAGGAGUGUUCAUCAUAAGCUCGAGUGUGUAAAAUCUUAAGAGUUUUUUGUAUUCUCUCGAGAGUGUUUUUGUAUAAUAAAAGUUUUAUCUUUGUAU